CCCGCGGGAGCGAGAGUCGACUGUAGGCGGCUCCUUCCUGUGCAAACUUUUCUGUCCUCUUCCUCCUCCCGCCCUCUCCACCCGCUUCUCGGCACCGGGCGUCCAGCCUCGCCGGCCUCGCUGCCUCGGGGUCGCGACGCGCGGGGCAGCACCCGGUAGCGCAGCCCUCGGCGCCGGCGCGCGGGCCCGGCGCCCGGAACCGAUGGCCGAGGCGGGGAGGAGUCCCGCGGGGCUCCCGGGCGAGCCGGCCGAGCAGGCGGCGGCUGCUCCAGCCUCCGAGUCCGAGGCUCCCGCUCCGCCGCCUGCGUCUGCCCUGCGCUGGCUGCCCGGAGACCUGAGUCCCCGCGGCCGCUCCCAGAGCGACCUCUCAUCGUCCUCCAGCAGGGGCCGCCCGCUCCGGGUCCACAUCUCCGGCUCAGCGCACCCUCUACAUACCCUGGACUCUGAGAGUCGCCUCAAGGAGAUGACUAGCCUUCAAGGGAAGCGAGGUAGAGUUGAUGGACUGGACAAAGCCUCUAUAGCCAACUCAGAUGGCCCCACAGCAGGUUCCCAGACGCCUCCCUUCAAGAGAAAGGGGAAGCUCUCCACCAUUGGUAAAAUCUUCAAGCCUUGGAAAUGGAGGAAAAAGAAGACUAGUGACAAAUUCAGAGAAACCUCAGCAGUAUUAGAGAGGAAGAUAUCCACAAGACAAAGUAGAGAGGAGCUGAUAAGAAGGGGCGUGCUUAAGGAGUUGCCUGAUCAAGAUGGAGAUGUAACAGUUAACUUUGAAAAUUCAAACGGGCACAUGAUACCCAUCGGAGAGGAAUCUACCCGAGAGGAGAAUGUAGGGAAGUCUGAAGAAGGUAAUGGCUCUGUAUCUGAGAAAUCACCACCUCGGGAGGAAAAGGCAGAAGAUAAGAAAGAGAACACUGAAAACCACUCUGAAACACCGGCAGCUCCUGAUCCACCUCCUUCAGCUCCUCCUAAGCCUAAACCCAAACCUAAACCCCCCAAAUCACCUGUGCCUCCCAAAGGGGCCACUUCUGGGGCCAGACACAAAGGUGACGAAGUGCCUCCCAUUAAAAAAAAUGCCAAGGCUCCUGGUAAGCAGGCCCCCGUCCCUCCACCCAAGCCAACAAGCCGAAACACGACCAGAGAGGCCGCUGGUUCUUCUCAUUCAAAAAAAUCAACUGGCUCCAAAGCAUCAGCCUCACCAUCUACUUCAUCCACCUCUUCUCGUCCCAAAACUUCUAAGGAGACAGUUAGUAGCAAAACAGGGACAGUGGGGACCACAAAGGGCAAGAAAAAAGCCGUCAAGCAGCCGGUGACUUCUCGACUGUCCUCAGAUGCCACCGCUGGUACAUCUGACCUUAAAGGAGAGCCUUCGGAGACUGGAGUGGAGAGUGCCACACCUGAGCAGACUGUCCCUGGGGCAGAGGAGCAGACCGUAGGCAAAUCCAAGCCUACAGUUUCUCCACCCCUGGUGGCUCCUCCACCCUCCCCGCCUGCCCCUCCUCUGCUUCUCGAAGAUCAGUGCAUUGUUGCCUCAGAUGCUCCAGUUGUCCUGGUCAGCAGUGGCGCUGACCUGCCUGUCUCUGCCUUAGACCCGAGUCAGCUCCUUUGGACUGAAGAGCCGACCAACAGAACCACUCUCCACUCGGGCGCUGGUUUAAGUGUUAGCCGAGAAAAUGUAAAAUGUUUUACAACCAAAGACGAGCUGGGGAAGGUGGACACUCAGCUGCUGACCCCUGAGCUGAUGGAAGACUUUUCAGAGUCCUUCAGUGCUCCAGAGGACGAAGGCCCAAGGGAGUACCAGGCCAACGACUCCGACUCUGAUGGGCCCAUCUUGUAUACCGAUGAUGACGAGGAAGAGGAUGAGGAUGAGGAUGGCAGCGGAGAAAGUGCUUUGGCGAGUAAGAUACGACGAAGGGACACUCUUGCCAUCAAACUUGGCAACAGGCCAUCCAAGAAAGAACUAGAAGACAAAAACAUCCUGCAGCGCACAUCUGAAGAAGAGAGGCAGGAACUCCGACAUCAGAUCGGAACCAAGCUCGUCAGGAGACUCAGCCAGAGGCCCACAACUGAAGAAUUAGAACAAAGAAAUAUCUUAAGACAAAAGAAUGAAGAAGAAGAACAAGAAGCAAAAAUGGAACUUAAACGCAGGCUCAGCCGAAAGCUCAGCCUGAGACCCACAGUGGCAGAGCUACAAGCUCGAAGGAUCCUGCGGUUUAACGAGUAUGUAGAAGUCACCGAUUCUCCCGACUAUGACCGCCGGGCAGACAAGCCCUGGGCCAGGUUGACACCUGCAGACAAGGCAGCCAUAAGGAAAGAACUAAAUGAAUUUAAAAGCACAGAAAUGGAAGUACAUGAAGAGAGUCGACAGUUUACAAGGUUUCAUCGUCCAUAAGGAAGUUCGGAACUAUUUGGAAACAGCAAUGGAUCGUCUUUUGGGGAAGCCCUUCUUCCUGAAAACCUGAUAUUGCACUGAGAUUUGAGUGUGUGUGUUUCCAUUGAACCUGUGGUGAAGGAGACAUGUGACUCAGCUUUGAUCAAAAGUGCUCCUCACCUGUACAGCCAAGAUGGGCCAACAAGCAAGCAGAGGACACAGUGAGCCUUGCUGCCCAGAAUGUGUAUUGAUGGUAAGGCGCACUGUGGUUACAUCCGCUGUUCUUCAUCAGGAGUUGAAAUCACAGAAGAUGAGCAGAAGACAAUCGCUGACUCCCUACCAGAAAGCCAAAUGUUGUCACGCAUGCAGGUUAAAGAAAAAUGGAGAUUGGAAUUGCUGGGCACCAGAAAGGGGUGGGAGUUGAAAAUCAGAAAAAAAAAAAGGAGAAAAAUACUUCAUUAUGUUAAUGAAGAAGAGAGAAAAUUGAAGCAUAUUUGUAUUUUCGAAAUAGGCAUUUGGUAGCUGAGAACUUACUAAGGGAUUUGGGAAUCUAAUCGACCAAUGUGGAUUCCUUAAAGACUUGAUUCUAGAAUACUCUUGUUUCACCAUUAAGUUGGUACACUGUAGUACCAUUAUUUUAUGUUGUGCCAGUGAAUCCAGUUGCCAGAAACGUCUGAAUGUUUUCAUUCAUCUUUUUCUUAAAUACAAGAGGUUUCUAUUGACUCUGACCAAGCAUGCUUACGCAAAUUUUGUUGCAUGCUUUAAGUAGCAUGGCUAUACACAUUUGACUAUUUUUUUUUAAAUACUUCUUUCCUAGUGUAUCAGUGUAUCAGCCCUCCACAAGGAUAACAGGACUGGACAUAAAGUCAGAUGUCAUGCAGCUGUAUAAAUCUGUUGCAAGCUUUAGAAAUAAUUCUUUCGGCCUUUCCCUAUCUUGAUUAUCUCUAGAGUCAAGCAACCAUACUUGUUCUAAAGAAGAUACUAUUGACAAUCAUGACACCCUUUAAAAAACCUGAAUCCAAAGUUAAAACGUAAGCGAGGUGCAAGUGUGUGCUGUCUGCUGUUAGUUUGGAGCAGGAGGCAAAGGACCAGUUAUGGAGGAUCAUGAAUUCAAAGCCAGCCUCAGCAACAGUAAGGCGCUAAGCAACUCAGUGAGACCUUGUUUCUAAUUAAAAUAUAAAACAGGGCUGGGGAUGUGGCUCAGUGGUCGAGUGCCCCUGAGUUCAAUCCCUAGUACCAAAAAAAAGAAAGAAAGAAAGAAAAUGAUGGGUUGCUGCUAUUUAAAAAUAAAUAAAAUAAAGCACAUGAAAAAAAUACCCCAGUGCUUAAAGAAAACAGAAAAUUUUUGCUAAGUUGUGUGUGAGGAAAACCUCAUCGUGUAUAUCAAGAGUCUACAGACUGCAUCCAUAAAUACAGUAUUUAUUUUAAUGCUAGAAGACCAGUGAGGUAAAAGUCAUAGAUUUCCCUAUGAUCCUGCAGUCAGUAUUGUUUACAUUUAAAAAUAAAACAAAAAAUACCCUCUAUAAUGAAAUUGAUCUUUUUCAUGGAGUCAACCCCAAGCCCAGAAUGACUUCUAAUCUCAAAUGCAUUGACCUUAUGUCAAUACCUCCUCGCAUUGAAUUGUUCUUUCACAGUUAUUUUGUGUCCCUUCUGUUAAAAUCACAUGAAAUCUAUAAAAAGAAGGCAAGACCUAACUAGAGGAUAUAUUAUUCUUUAGAACAUGGGUGAGAAGAAUUUUCUGAAUUGUUUCUGGUUCAAAAUGUGGAAGAGUGUAAUUUUCAAUUUCAACUCCAAAGUAAGCAUUUCAUGUGCUGGAUAAAUUUUGAUCCUACCAUUCCUUGGCAUUUUAAAGAACCACUUGAAAUUGGGUAAUUUUAUUUUAAAUUUUUAAAAUAUUGACCCCAGUUGCCAUACUAUAAAAAGCCAGGACCAUUUUAUAAAUAAGAAGAGUAACCAGCAUUAAUGUACCUCUUGCUGAAGUCAGCUAUGUGCAUUAACAAAAUAAGUCUGCUUUCCAUAGCGCUGUCAUUUCACUAAUAGAAUAAGACAUACCUUGCUUUGAAAAAGAUGUUUCUGCAUCUCCAAAUCUGUGGCUCUAUAUCUGGCUAUGGUAUUGUCUGCUGUGUUGUUCUGCAGUGCUGGGGAUCAAACCCAGGGCCUUGCACAUAUUAAGCAAGUGAUCUACCACUGAGCUACAUCCUAAGCCCUUGUCUGUUUAUAAGGUUUCAAUCCAGCCAUAAAAGUUAAUUUUGUUCUCAUUUUUUUUCUAAGUUAUCUUUUUCUUUAUUUUAUCUUAUUAGCAUUUUAGUGACUUGAAAAAAAAAAAUACCAGAGAAUAUAAUGUUCCUUUCCUUUUUCUAUGCUUAUAAUCUUUGAGUAUUUUUUUAAAUUUCUAAUUACAGGUCUUAUAUAAUGUUAAAUAUAAAGACAUCACUGAUUUAGCACUCAAGAUACACGUCAGAGAAAGUUCCUGUUGAGUUUAUGGAAGGAACUUUUCUUUUUAACCAUUAGUGAUACAUAAAAUGUAAUUCUUUUAUUUUAAAAUGAGAUUCACCCUGGACCAAAGUGAAAAACUGGGCAGUAAGUAAUUCAGUAAUUUUCCUUGUGUAAUUAAGUCAGAUUUAUGAAGUACCCACACUUUUUUUUCAUACUAACUAAUACAUUCGGAGAAAAUUUUAUCAGAGAGAAAUUUGAAAGUAAAUAAUAAAAUUAACCACUGCUAGUCUAAUAUUUAAGUGACUAGAACCACCAAUUAUUUCAUUAGCAGGAUCCGCUAAAUAAAAAGCUAUGGAAGGAAUUAAAGGAUUAUGUGCUGAGCUGUAUUUCGCAGAAUGAAGCUCUAUUUUCUUGGUUAAUUUUUAAAGGCACAACUGCAUAUCUCCCACCAGCAGCCCAUGCAAGGGUCUCCUGCCCAGCAGGCCUACAAGAAUGCAAAGGUCUGGGUCAUCCUCCCUGUAAUUAUGCCUCUGCCCACUACCAGCAUUUCUGCAGUCUAACCACUAUGUUUCUAUUCUAUAAAGAAAAUAAAUGUGUGUGGGAAUUGGUUUUCUUUUUUGGUGCUGGGGAAUCAAACCCAGGCCUUGUGCAUGCUAAGCACCUUCUACCACUGAGCUACAUCCCCAACCCCUGUAUUUCUUUCUUUGUUGCUGCUAUAACACAGUUCCAGGUUUUCACUGAAGUGUGACAUUAGGCUAACAAAGAACAAGUGAGUGACUUUUCCUGGAUUCUUGAUAUAUGAUUAAAGAAGAAAACAAACCCACCUCUAGGAAGGAAAGAAUAAAAUGUGAAAACCAAAGUGACCAUUCCAUCUUUUUUUUUAAAUAGGGGGAAAAUAAUAUUAAGGUGGUAAGAAAAUGCUAAAUGAACUUUAUCAACAUCCUCAUGGUCAUUACCAAUCAACCUGGAAAAAAAAUGGUUCUCUAGUGAUGAACAUGCAUUUAAGGCAGCUUACUUGAUAAUUUCCUGUGUAAGAGAAGGGUUUUGCAUUUUUUUUUACAUUAGCUGUUAUCUAUCUUUAUGCUAAUUCCUUGAAUCAUUUAACUGAAAUCUACAGUAGUUAGAGAACCUAUCUUGGGCAUUUUGAAUAGCUGUUUAAUUAGAGAAAAAAACCAACACAUCUAUUUCUCUGACUUACCCAGAAAAACUGAUUUUCUGGUUGCAUCUUUGUAUCCCUUAUUAGCAGAAUGAGUGUAGUUACUUAUCUUUCUCUAAUGUCAUUAAACAUUCUGUUAGUAGAAAGUUCUAAACUUCUUUUUUUUUUCUUUUCUAGUGCUGGGCAUCAAACCCAGCUAGGCAAGUGUUCUACCACUAAACUGGGUCCCUAGCCUGGAGUUCAGAAAUUUAAGUAAAAAAAUCAGCUUAAGAAAAUAGAAGGAUUGAAUAUACUCUUCAGAAAUCACCAAAUAUUGAAAUGACUCAUGAGUCCUUAAAACCAUAAGUCAGGUUGCACAUCCUGUAGUUAUUUCAGUGCUGUACUAGCACAUUAAAAGGAGAAAAAAAAAAUCUGGGCACCGUAGUGCACACCUGUAAUCUCAGGUAUUCAGGAGGCUGGGGCAGAAGGAUCCUAAGUUUAAGGCCAGCCUUGAACACUUGGUGAGACCCUAACUCAAGAUAAAAAAUGAAAAGGAUAGGGAUAUAGCUCAGUGUAAGAGCGCUUGCCUAUUAUGCAUAAGGCCUGGGUUCAGUCCCCAAUACCAAACAACAAUGAUAACCCCAAAAUACUACCUUACAUUUGAAAGAGGAAAAACAAAUGGCAUUAACACUGCAUAUCCUGAUACAUACCACACAAACAUAUAACAUGCAUUUUACUUAUACUUCAUAGAGUCAAACACAACUUGUAAAAAUUCACAAAAGGAAAAGGCAUACCACAUAGUAGUAUGUCAUUUAAACCAUGAAAACUUUCUUUCCUUUCUCUCUCACUCAAAAAUGUUUAUAGUCCUAGCAGCAUAUUUCAUACAAAGUAAGAAACUUCCCUUAUAGUAGGUAAGGUAUAUUUAAACAAAUACAAGAUGUAUUGACUAUGUCAUUCUCAUCAGUGUGGCAUAACUAUUCAAGCAUUCCUGAAUUCCAGUAUAUGAAGCCUGUCCUUACUCAUGAAAGUAUAUUGAGAUCAUUAUUUCUUCACAGCAUUAGAAUAUGUUGUGAGCAUUAAGGAACCACUUAGACACAAUUUGUUUGCAAUAUUCUCCCUUAGCCCUUAGAAUGGUUAAUCUUUCACUAGCAAGUCUUUGAUCUGUACUGUCUGGUGGGGGAUACUAUAUUGUUUUACUUGACAAAGCAGAACAAACUUCUGGAAUUCAAAUAUGUGCUAGAGGAAAAGAUAACAAUAAAGUAAUCAUGUUAAUAGGAGCAUCUUCCUGAGAAAAAGCACACCCCUAGAUAAUUCAAACUCAAAUUCCAAAGAGGAACUUUAGGCAGGCAGUGGCCAAAGGGUACUAGGGACCAAAAAAGGAACCCCGCAAACCAUUCUCAUUUUCACCUUCUUUUACUUUUUGUAGUCAUUAAGCUUAAGAUCUGUUUGAAAAUGUGAACCAUCAUUAGCAUUUCGAGAAAGCAGCUGAAAAUAAGCCACAUCUGUGGGCACUGUUUUGAAAUCAGAAUCCUCCCAAAUUAAGAAAUCCCAUUGCAUACAUUGUAAGAUUUCUGGCAAAGAAAUGAAGAUUUCUGUGGCAGCUAUUCCCUCCUAAAGAUGACCCUAGAAGAAGGGCCAUGUUUAGCGAUGCUAGGAUUUCCUGCACACACACACACACACACACACACACAAAUGUCAUUUAGUUUGUGGCAUUGCUCGCACAGCUGCACAUAGGAGACAACCUUUGUCAAUUGAUGUUUCUCCGUGGGGAUGUUGUAGUCAUUUAGAUUUGGGCAAUUCUCUGUUACACAGAAAUGUCCCACACCUUGCAAGGUGUUUUAACAUCCCAGUCCCCUGCUGACAAAAUGCCAGUAGUGUUCCCAGUCAGUGUAAAACCCACAAGUAACAAGCUCUUCCCCAGCUCACUUGCCCUCAUAGGGUGGUACCUCCCCACUUGAACAUAAUUGAGAACACACAGGCAGAAGUGCCUAUCCCCAAAACAUUGUCUCUACUGCCUUGUGUUUCUUUGGGCCCAUUCAUUUCUCAAGCCUUCUGCUUCCAUUCAGCUUUAAUUUGCCCAUUUCUUCAGGCAGGAGUUUCCCAGCAGCCUUGGCAAUUCUGUGUGCAGUGGGCAUGGUAACUUGGCCUGAUCCCUGUGUGUACUUAAGGGAGAGAUUUUACAUGAAGCGAGCUUUCUCCCCUCACAAUUUUUACUCCAAAACUACGCUGUUGGACAUAGUUCUUGCAGUGUUGUGAGGAUUGUCACAAGAGUUGAACACAAACACAGUGACUCUUAACAGUCCACAUAAACAAAGCAGGGGGUCUUUGGAAGUCACCAUCAGAUUUCACAUGGUAAUGUUACAUCCCAUGAGUUCCAAAAGAGUCUCUUCUUUCUCCUGUUAAGGAAGCAUUUAAUGUGCAUGCAAAUGCUUGGAUGCCCCUGUAUAAAUAGUCACGUGGUUCAGCUCUUCUAACAAGGUCUGUGAGUGCUGCAUUAUGAUGGAAAUGUGGAUUAACUGUGGAUUGCAUGCCUGUAGUUCAACUGCAGCAAUGGUCACACACAAACCUCCUUUUACCUGGGUGAAACGUUAUUAAUCUGCACCAAACAAUACAGAAACACAUUUAUGCUCUUUGUCGCUUUUUAACACCAAAACUGAAUGGUUAAUGUCUUGAAAUUAUUCCAGUGAAUUGUAGCUUGGAGAAUGGAAUUAAUUUAGCCACUAUAAUUUUUUAAAAUAGUAAAACCCCCAAAAUAUUUUGAGGCCGAGCAACUCAGAGUUGAUAAAGGUGGUUGGUUAUUUUGAAAAUGUAUAGAUGGUGCUUAAGAAUUGUUAUCUUUUUUAAUAGCAGUGUUUUUUCUUUUUUAAGAGUAAAUUGAAAGGAGUAAAUGAGGCCGAUUGCCACUCCACCCUCAGGUCAAUUUUAUGGUAUAUUAAAAUGCCAAUAAUGUUUGUGCCACUUGCCAAUCUGGGGGGGGGGGCUUCUCCCUUACUGGAUGAUGUUAUAGUUUGGCUAUAUCAUUACAUUGCUUAGAGAGCUUCUGCACAAGAAAUUGCCACUGCAGUGCUAAUCAGCAUUCAGAAAGAACCAGACUGAAUCAAGGGUCAAACCACUUUCAUCACUUAAAAUAUCAGCACUAAUUUUUCUUUUUCAUGUUUUAAUAUUUCUUCCAUGGCUUAGAAAUGUGCCAGUGUGUUAAAAAGUUUGUGUACCAAUGUCACCAGUGAAAUACCAACUAAAAAUUCAAACUAGUCAUUUUUUUUCCUAUGUAAUGGUGAUUUUGAAAUUCAGGGCUAUCUGCAUUCUUUUUGUUAUUUCAAACUUCAGUUAAAGUUGAAAGAAUGGUAAACUGUGAUCAUUAUCAGACUAAUUGAAUGGUUCCUGAUUUCCAGUGAGUGAUCUUGUCCACCUAUUACACAGAUGUAAUAUCUGUGAGUGUAAAUAACUGGAACUGUAUACUGAUUAACAUGACAGUUUCUCUUUUUUGUCAUUUUUCUUAAUCUGUACUGUAUUAUAGUAUGUGGGUAUAAAUAUCUACAAGUAUACACACAUAUGUAUAUGUAUUCCACUAUUGUAACCUGAAAGAUAAACUAUGUAUUAUCUUUUUUAUUCCAUAUUGGUGUUGUGUUAUUUAAAAAGCAAAAUUUCGCUCUAUCUAGUGGUAUACUAUAAUAGGAUACUUUGCCGUGCACAAUUCCAAGUGCCUUAGGACAUUGUUUAGCUUUCCUAAAUAUAUAUAAAUGCAUAUAUGUAUAAAACUGGGAAAAGUUACCUCAAUAAAAUCAUUGGGAAAUCCCCA